CGUCUGUGGAGGACGCUGAGCUACUCGACACAGCAAAAUCAAUCAAUAAAAGAUCGCCCUGGACAUAAAAACAUUCAAUUCUCAGAAACGCAGCCUCAAUGAUUUUUCCGUUGACAUCAAAACGCCCUUUGGGUUUUUUCCUGCUACAAACGAUGUUGCCAUCAUCUACGAAUUCGUUUCAGAUAGUCGAGAGUCCAGCCACAUCGUGCGCGCGAUCCAGAAUACCCGACCGAGGAUUCGCACGUGAAGGCACGKCUUUGAUGGUAUCGACUGAGAGGCCCGCCGGGUUCGAUGUUGCUUCCUCGCCCUCGGACUGUAGCCUGAGGGAUUUCGAUCCCGAUCUCGCCGAUAUGAUUGACUCCGAGAAUACCCGACAACGCCAGGGCCUAGAGUUGAUCGCAUCCGAAAACUUUGCAAGUAAGGCCGUCCGAGAGGUCCUGGGCAGUUGCUUGACGAAUAAAUACAGCGAGGGGAUGGUUGGAAAACGAUAUUAUGGGGGAAACGAGUUUAUAGACCAAAUCGAAUCACUSUGCAUGGCCCGAGCCCUCUCGCUUUAUGGUCUGGACUCGGAGGAAUGGGGAGUCAACGUACAGCCAUAUUCCGGAUCACCAGCAAAUUUUGAAGUAUACACAGCUCUGUUGAAYCCACAUGACCGAAUCAUGGGUUUGGAUUUGCCUUCGGGUGGUCAUCUGACGCACGGGUUCCAGACGGCGAAGAAGAAAGUAUCUGCGACUAGCGUGUAUUUUGAAAGCAUGCCAUACAUAGUUUCGCCCGAUACUGGACUUAUCGAUUACGACGAUAUGGAAUAUCGUGCCAAAAUGUUCUUGCCAAAGCUAUUGAUCGCUGGUGGAUCGGCCUACCCAAGAGAAUGGGACUACAAACGAAUGAGAGAGAUUGCGGAUUCUGUCGGGGCCAAGUUGAUGGUUGAUAUGGCCCAUAUUUCUGGCCUAGUAGCAGGUCGAGUUGUCGAGAGUCCUUUCCAGUACGCCGACAUUGUUACUACCACAACUCACAAGUCGUUGCGUGGACCUAGAAGCGGGAUGAUUUUUGCUCGAUCGGAGUAUAUGGAUAGCAUCGACUCUGCGGUCUUUCCUAUGCUCCAAGGAGGACCACACAACCAUCAAAUCGGUGCYCUAGCUGUUGCUCUCAAAGAAGCAAGCGAACCAAAAUUCRCUGAGUAUGCAAAGGCUGUCAUUACAAACGCCAAAGCCCUUGGAAAGGGACUYGAGAGCCGUGGCCACAAACUUGCCACAGGUGGAACCGACAAUCACUUGCUUUUGUGGGAUGUGCGCCCUCUUGGAUUGACCGGAGCGAAGGUGGAUAUGGUCCUUGAAAAUGCAAGUAUUACAGCAAAUAAGAAYAGUCUUCCGGGAGAUUURUCUGCGAUCAAUCCCGGAGGUGUKAGACUGGGAACUCCUGCACUGACGACACGUGGGAUGGACGAAGACGAUUUUGAGCAAGUAGCCGAAUUUCUUCACCGGGGCUGCAAAAUAGCCACCGAAGCGCAGGAGAUAGCAGAUCGAAAACUGAAGGCGCAACUUGAAUCUGGAGAAAUCAAAAGAAAAACAAAAAAGGUUUUACUAAAGGAUUUCAARCAGGUCCUAGAGAGUGACCAGGAUAUCAAAGCGAAAAUCGACGAACUGCGASAAAACGUAGAAGAUUUUGCCACCCCAUUCUAUUUGCCAGGAUGGAGCUAGGGAAUUUCGUAGAAUAAAAUUCGAUGGAUUUCUUCAUAUUUUGAUUAGUGAAUCUGGUCAACCAUGCAAUUCUCGGAGAAAACAAAUACUGUACAUAGUAGUACCAGAAAUCGUUUUCUUUUGUUCUUCGUCCAGCGUACAACACGCGAAUGGCGCCUUGAAAACGAUCAAAWUGUUUAUUGCCAAACAGAAUGAAGCUUCUUUUUGCUUCUACCACCUUCAUUAUUCUUCGAAAAUUGUUUUGAAGUGAAAUUGGAAGAUGCAUCUUUCAACUUCYUACACCGGUUCUUCCACUUCAGUUUUAAGCAAAAUGAUUUCUUUGACACAGUACUGUACUGAAAUUGUUCUUGUCUGCAAGAAAUGUUGGAUUGAUCAAGGAAAAAGAAAAGUAGAAUGAUAAAUCUAAUCUCAGCAU